AUGGCGGCUUCGAAGCCCAUCCUGUACAGCGCGUGGAUCAGCUCCUGCUCCUUCCGAGUCCGGAUCGCCCUCAACCUCAAAGGUGUGGAUUAUGGGUACAGGGCUGUGACACGGACCGAUCUAGAUUACGAAAAGAUCAAUCCAAUCAAGUAUGUCCCGGCAUUGGUUGAUGGGGAUUUUGUUGUUUCUGACUCCCUGGCAAUCAUAUUGUAUCUUGAAGACAAAUAUCCUCAACACCCUCUUCUGCCUCAAGAUCUCAAAAAGAAAGCUAUAAAUCUGCAGAUUGCAAAUAUAGUGUGUUCGAGCAUUCAACCUCUUCAAUGUUAUGCAGUAAUUGGUCUGGUUGAUGGCAAGUUAGGCUCAGAUGAGAGCCUUCAGAUUGUUCGGAAUUACACCGACAAGGGAUUUAAAGCAAUCGAAAAACUUCUGGAAGGUUGUGACAGUAAAUAUGCUACUGGAGACGAAGUCCAACUGGCAGAUGUCUUUCUUGCGCCCCAGAUCCAUGCAGGCGUGACACGCUUCCAAAUUGAUAUGUCAAACUACCCUCUUUUGGAGAGGUUCUACAAAGCCUAUAUGGAGAUCCCAGCAUUUCAAGUAGCGGCUCCUGAAAAACAGCCAGAUGCGCCUGCGUCCCCAUACUGA